GCACGCGGGCUGGCGGCGCGCGGCGCCUCGGUCUGGGGGAGCGCGGGGCGGUCUCCGCCGGCGUCGCGCGCGCUGUGUGUGAGCGGGGUCGCGCGCGCGCGCGACAAGCGAGUGAGGGAACGAGGAGCGGCCGGGUGUGAGUGUGGGAGUGUGUGUGCGGGUGUGUGUGGGAGUGCGGGUGAGGGGGAAGCCGGCCGACCGCAAGGCUGUGAGAAAGUGGGCGAGUGGGCGAGGACGCCCGGCCUGGCCGCCGGAGCCGCGGUCGGCGGAGAGGAAAGGCGGCUCCCGGCAUCCCGACCCCCUCCCCCUCCGACUUCCAGCCGGCCUGGCGGCGCGCGCUUCCUCGGAGGCCCCAGCCAGGCCCCGCCGGCCGAGAGCGAGGGAGGAGCCGCCCGAGCCAGAUAGACUUUACAUUUAAGAGGAAACAAUCCACGCAAAAGAAGAACAAACAAAUCAAGAUGUGUAGCUCUGUGGCUGCCAAGUUGUGGUUUUUGACAGAUCGCCGCAUCAGGGAAGACUAUCCCCAAAAAGAGAUCUUACGAGCAUUGAAGGCCAAAUGUUGUGAGGAGGAACUGGACUUUAGGGCUGUGGUGAUGGAUGAGGUGGUGCUAACAAUAGAGCAAGGAAACCUGGGUCUACGGAUCAACGGAGAACUGAUCACUGCCUACCCCCAAGUGGUGGUAGUGAGAGUACCAACCCCUUGGGUGCAAAGUGAUAGUGACAUCACUGUUUUGCGCCAUCUAGAGAAGAUGGGAUGCCGGUUGAUGAAUCGACCUCAAGCCAUUCUGAACUGUGUUAAUAAGUUCUGGACAUUUCAAGAGUUGGCUGGCCAUGGCGUUCCUCUGCCAGAUACUUUCUCUUAUGGUGGCCACGAAAAUUUUGCUAAAAUGAUAGAUGAAGCAGAAGUACUGGAGUUCCCAAUGGUAGUGAAGAAUACACGGGGUCAUAGAGGCAAAGCUGUUUUCUUAGCCCGAGAUAAGCACCAUUUGGCUGAUCUAAGCCAUCUUAUUCGCCAUGAAGCUCCUUACCUGUUCCAGAAGUAUAUUAAAGAGUCUCAUGGACGGGAUGUACGUGUCAUUGUUGUGGGAGGCCGUGUGGUUGGCACCAUGUUACGUUGUUCAACAGAUGGGAGGAUGCAAAGCAACUGCUCACUAGGUGGUGUGGGGAUGAUGUGUUCAUUGAGUGAACAAGGGAAACAGCUAGCUAUCCAGGUGUCUAAUAUCCUGGGGAUGGAUGUGUGUGGCAUUGACCUGUUGAUGAAAGAUGACGGCUCCUUCUGUGUCUGCGAGGCCAAUGCAAAUGUAGGUUUCAUCGCCUUUGAUAAGGCUUGUAAUCUAGAUGUAGCUGGUAUCAUAGCGGACUAUGCCGCCUCCCUUCUGCCCUCUGGCCGGCUCACCCGGCGUAUGUCCCUGCUCUCCGUGGUGUCCACAGCCAGUGAGACUAGUGAGCCAGAGCUGGGUCCCCCAGCCAGCACUGCUGUCGACAACAUGAGCGCAAGUUCCAGCUCUGUCGACAGCGACCCUGAAAGCACCGAGCGAGAGCUGCUCACCAAGCUCCCAGGGGGCCUAUUCAACAUGAACCAGCUGCUAGCCAAUGAGAUCAAACUCCUGGUGGAGUGACUCCACCGGUAGUUAACCAACAAAACCCUGUAAAACUUAACUUUCUUUUUCUUUUCUUUCUUCUUCUUUUUUUUAACCACCUUGCAAUGCUGUUCAUGGAGGAUGCUCAGGAAGAUGAAUUAGUAGGAUUAGUUGGAGAGAAGGGGAAGAUAGAUGAGAUCUUUGCUAGUAAGAUGUUACUUUCAUUUAUAAAUCCUACAGGUAGAGAGGCAGAAGAGGGUGGGAUAUAGAAAAUGUCAGGCUCUCAUAGUUAACCCUUUUAAAUUACUACAAAGUUUGUGUGCUCUCAGGCCAUGAGCAACAUAAAAAUUUUUUCAUGGUCUCUCACUUUUGUUUUUGUACCAAAAAAAUUGUUAUGAUACAAAUAUCCCAAGUAGCAUAACUUCACAUUGUAUUGCAAGAUUUGUCAGGGGUGAGGAAAAUAUCUGCCUAAAUCAUACAAAUAUAUAUACAAAUCUGAAAAUUCUGACAUUUCCCUAUUAACUAGCAGUUUUAGUUCACAGUUGUUUAUGAAAUCUCAAGAGGCUCUUUUAUUGGGAUUUCUGAUUUUUGUGUUUUGUCAUCUUUUCCUUUAAUUUGGGUGGGGGUGCAAAGUGAAUAUAAUCCAAUAAAGGCCUUUUAAUGACAAAA